AUGCAAAACGGUGAAAUAGUUGAAGAUAUAUCCAAUGAAGACUGGAAGUGGCCAUGCUUCGAAGAAUGGUUUGACCGGAAUAAAUGGGAGAUGGUCCAAGAGAGAAAGAAUGAAUGCAGCGAAGAAAAUUUUCCCUUUAAGGUUAUUUAUUCUGUUGAUAGAGACGGUAUACGCAAUACAUUUGUCGAAUUUGGUUUUCAGCCGUUGAUUACGACUCUACAAAGCAUUAUUCCUGGCAAUAGGAUCAUUCGUGACAAGAAGCCCAAAGUCAAUGCUAAAGAUUUGUAUUAUAUAAAGGAAAAACUACACCUCAAGUUAGAAAAAGUAUCUAGCUCAACGAUUGAGAAGAUAUAUUUGAAUAAAUUGGUUAAAUUCCUUGAUCAAGAGUAUGAACAAACAGACGAAAAUAAGGCGAGAAUGAUAAAAAAUAAUGCAGUUACAUUUGACAUGUUAUGGGUAUUUUAUACCCCAAAAUUACCUGUAUGGUAUGCAUGUAAAAUGUCUGGUCAGAAACUCGGUGGAAUUGUCACCUCAACAUCAGAAGAGUUUGACUACAACACGCAACAAAGAGUGUUUUAUAUAAAUAUUAAGGUGAUUGACUAUGACAGCGUCGGAUUUAAACAAUGCUCUAUACUCAGUAGGAUAGGAUAUUUUGAAGGAGAAAUGAGCUUUUCUGCUUUGCCCGUUAUGCCAUCAAAAUUUUGUAAAGUUCAAGACAAAAUCACAAAAAUUGUUGCUGAAAAUGGAAAAAAGUUCUUUGAGCUUGCUACAGAAAGACACUUCAAAAAUUACGAAGGCCCGUUAUUGCGUUGGAAACAAGUCAAUAAUUGCAUGCAAGUAGAAAAGAUAAAUGCCAAUGGUCGUGUCAUGAUUGAUUUAGAAAGUUUCGCGGUCAUGAAUCCUGACUAUAAAAUGGGUAAUGCUUUACCUCCAAAUAAAUGUGACAUUGAGUUACUUGUCGAAAAUGAUGCUUAUCUCAACAAAGACAAAUUACAUCAGGAAGAUAAUUAUCUUCUUGCGCCUGCAUUAGUAUAUGGGUUUAGCUUUGCAUUAAAAGAAUGGGGACAGUUUGAGGUUUCAAAGUUUACAGAUAUUCAAUUUGGCAAGGAUGCUUUAGACUAUCUGGUGAUGCCCCCGAAUAAAAAAGACAUAAUUAAAGGUUUAGUGAAGCAGUACGUUGUAACCGGUAAAAAUAAUGAUAGAAACGGACUCGAUCCUAUACGCGAGAAAGGCAAUGGCUGCAUAUUUCUAUGUUACGGACCACCUGGCACUGGGAAAACGUUGACGGCUGAGUGCGUAGCCGAAUUUCUCGAACGGCCACUAUGGACGCUCAGUGUACACGAACUUGGGACAGAGCCUAAAGACCUAGAAAAACAAUUAGUCAAGGUUCUAGAUGUUGCUUACAAAUGGAAGUCUGUCCUUUUACUCGACGAAGCAGACAUUUAUCUCGAAAAACGAAGCACAACCGACUUAAACCGUAAUAUGAUGGUUGGUAUAUUUUUACGUCUGCUAGAAUACUAUCAAGGAGUCCUCUUUAUGACGACGAAUCGUGUUGCAAAUUUUGACGACGCAAUUUGUUCGCGAAUAAGCAUGUUUCUCCAUUAUCCCAAACUCGACCAGGAUAGAAGACGUGAAGUAUGGACAAAUUUUACCAAGCGCGCUAACCUAUCCCUCAAAAUAGAUGAUUUAAUUAAGUAUGAAUUGAAUGGUCGUGAUAUUCGUAAAAUUAUUAGUACUGCACAAAUGUUAGCACGAGAUAGAAAUGAAGGCUUGACUGCAGACCUUGUAAUUGAUGUUAUCGAGUCUAUCCAGACAUUUCAGGAAGAUACGAAUGAAAAGCAAAAUGUUAAAAUGAAUGGAAAUGGUGUGUUAUUUCAAAAUUGA